AUGCCACGUGCUUCUUCUGGAAUAGAAAAGAAACGCACCUUGAAAGAUGAACGGAGACUGUUUCAAGAUAAAUGGGAACUUCUCUAUUUUUGCACAAUGAUUGAUGGAAAAAUACAUUUUUUGAUAUGUAACAAGUUUAUCGCUAUACCGAAAGAAUACAACCUAAAGAGGCAUUAUCAAUCUAAUCAUCUAUCAUACAAUUAUUUCGAAGGUAUUAAGUUGCUUAUUAACCAAGAAGGUCCAAUGCGUGUUUCAAAGCUAAAUGAAUUGCGAAAAAAUUUAUCUGCGUUACAAACUUAUUUCACAAAAAAUCAUAAUCGAAGUACUGCAUUAGUCACUGGAAGCUAUGAAAUCAGUAGAAUGCUUGCAGUAAAUGGAAAAUCAUAUAGUGAUGGUGAUUUCAUCAAGCAAUGCCUUGUAAAAACAGCGAAUAUUAUUUGUCCAGACGACGCCCACUUGUUUAAAGAUAUUUCAUUAACAAGAAACACUGUUGCCGAACACAUUAAUGAAAUGGCAUUGAAUUUGAAACACCAAUUAAAAUCUGAUUUGUUAAAAUUCGAAUAUUUUUCAAUUGCAAUCGAUGAAACAGUCGACAUCGUUGGAAUUGCACAAUUAGCAAUCUUUUUUAGAGCGUGUGAUUCAGAUUUUAAUAUUUAUGAAGAAUUUCUCGAACUAGUACCAAUGCACGAUACUACUACAAGUAAAGAUAUCUUUAUAAAACUACUACAAAUUCUCUUUGAAUAUGGGUUUGAUUUGAAGAAGCUUGUAUGUUUAUGUACUGAUGGUGCUCCUAAUAUGGUUGGACGACUGCUGGCGUUGCCGCUAAAUUUCGAGCUGAAAUAG